AUGCUCAACCUCGCCACUCUCACCUCGGUGCUCGUAGCCACCGGAGCUCUGGCACAUACAACGCCCCCGAGAUACAACCAGACUACCGAUCAGGAGAUAGAGUCUCAGAUCGCCUUCAAGGAUGGAGAAUGUACCGUCGAGCCCCUCGGAGGAGCUCGGGACGAUGGUCCAGCCCUGUUGAGGGCGUUUGAGACAUGUGCCAACAACUCCGUGAUCAAUCUCCCUGGACCGCUUUAUACGGUGGAGAAGGUGUUGGAUACCGAGUUGCAUAAUGUCGUCAUCAACCUCGAGGGGAUCAUGCAGUAUACCCCGAACAUCGAGUACUGGUCCCCCGCCUCCAUCUACCUCGAAUACCAGAACGCAACUACCGCCUGGAAACUAUCCGGAGCGAACAUCACUCUUCAAUCCCUCACCCGAAAGGGAGGAAUCGAUGGGUCUGGACAGACUUGGUGGGACGCCUACGCGGUUGAGAAAGCGAGAGGAGGGAGGGGGGUCGCAGGGGGGUCUUCGAGGUUGUUUGCGAGGCCUAUUCCGUUGGCUGUUGCCGAUGCUUAUGAUGUCAGGGUCGAUGGUCUUUCGAUCACCAACGCGCCUUUCUGGCACAUGUUCACCUAUCAGGUCGAAAAGGUCGAGUUCAGCAACAUGUUUGUCAAAUCGAUCAGUAGCAGCAAUGCCAGUGCUGCCAAUACCGAUGGAUGGGACACUUACCGAUCUAACAACGUCAUCAUCCGAGACUCGGUCAUCAUCAACGGUGACGAUUGCGUAUCUUUCAAGCCGAACUCGUCGAACAUCUUGGUGGAGAACCUUUACUGCGACGGCUCUCAUGGAAUCAGCGUUGGAUCUCUUGGGCAGUACUACGGAGAGACGGAUAUCGUGGAGAACAUCUAUUCCCGAAAUGUCACUUUGAUCAACACUGAGCACGGGGCCAGGAUCAAGGUUUUCCCCGGUCACAACAACACCGAUUCCGUCGAGGGAGGUGGAAUCGGUCGAGUCAGGAAUGUCACUUGGGAGGACCUCACCUUGGAGAGCGUCGACAAGCCCAUCUUCGUGACCAGCUGCUACAACUACGACGAGAACCCUCAGUGGUGUGAAGACCACCCUUCGGAACUGGUCAUCUCGGACAUCAAGUUCUUCAACUUGAAAGGAUACGCUUCCGGCAACUACCCCAACAACACGGUCGGUUCCCUCCGAUGCUCUGGAGACUGCGCCGGCUUUGUCGCUCAAGACAUUGACAUUGGGCUGUACGAGAACCGUACCCAGGGUCAAUACGUCUGCACUAACCUGGUCAACCCACGUCUCGACUUUACUUGCAUCGACGUUCCUUUCAACGGCGAGAACCAGUUGAGCGAUUUGGAGCCCUGA